GCGGCAGCCUGAAGGAGAAGGGGCGGGGCAGCAGGGGGUCGGGGACGCAUUGCUAGCCCAGCAAGAUGGGGAGCUGGUGCCCUGCAGCGAGAUUGCUGCUUCUUGGCUUUCUGGCUCCUGGAGUGUGCUUUCAAUUUGUUCCUAUAACAGAUCAGGUUAGCAUGCAAUGUCUAGGCAGCCUUGCCCGACUCCGGUUGAGUUCAGCCUAUUUCCUAAACAAGUACGUCAGCUUUGCUGCCAUUGACCAGUUUGGCAGGCUCUGGCCUAUAGACGAGGUCCAGUCAACAAAAUGUGGAUACACCAUUUCCCAAGACGUUUGGGGGAAUAUUGAGCUCCGUGCCUCGCUGCUUGGCUGUUACACUCUGAUGAAUGAUCAGCACUUCACUUUGAACAUCCAGAUAAAGGCAGCGACAGACCCUGAGAUGCAGCAUGCGGUCGUGCUUAACAUUCCAGUGAGCUGCUCCUAUGGCCCAUGGCAGCCUCGAGAAAUAGUCUGCGAGGCAAACUAUAUGGAGGUCUCCGUAAGAAGGAACGUACCACCAAUCCCAGAUGGCUUUCUUCAAGAUCAACCUGCAGGUCCACCUGAGGACUGGGCUGCUGCCUUCCCAGAGGCUGUAGCAGGGGCCUCCUCCAUCUGGCAAAUCGUCUUUCACAUGGACGCUAGGAGGAAGGCCAUGCGAGUGGAAGAAGCUCAUGCUGCUGGCUAUGGAGUCAACACCACAGACACAAGGAUCGUGCUCAGGGCUCCCUACAAUGCCACUGAGGCUCAGAAAGUGGAGGUCAAUGGGAUUCCCUUCUCCUCUGUGAGGUCCAGCACCUACUACAAGCAGCGCUGGAUGCUCCUAAUGGUGGACACAGCAGUGACCUGCCCUAUAGAUGGUGUGCACUACUCAAAGGAAACAAUUACCUGGACUAUUCCCAAGAGCAUCCCUCCUCUCCUGGUUGGAGCUGGCAUUGUCAAGGAGCUGCAAGUGAGCAUGGGAGUCAACCUGGAGAAACUGUCUGCGCAAGACAUCAGAAGUCGGGGAUACUCACUGGCUAGUGACAAGGAUGCUAUUGUAGUAAAGAUGCCCAUUGGUGCACCGGGUGGAAACUACAAGACCUAUGUGAUUGAUGGGAAACCAAUGAUUACCUACAAAAUCACCCCUUAUGUAGAGCAUCUGUGGGAAGAUGACAAGAGGGGUAUUACGAAACAUACCAUCCUGAAGGAUAUUAGCACCCCUCUGCAACCUGUGCCGGUCAUAGUUACAGAUUAUACAAAUGCCAGCCUCCAGCUCUUCAAUGCAACCGUUGGCACCUUCCUGCCAGAUGUAGUGCUGGUCAGUAUUGCUGUGGAUGGUUCAGGGCCCUUGCCACUACCUGAGGCUGAGAAGAAGGGCUAUAAGAUCUAUGAAGCCAAGUAUUCCAAUGGAAGUCGGGGCUACGUGGUUCAAGUCCCCUUUGAUGCCCCUGGAGUUGGAAGGGAGUAUGUACCAGAUAACAUCAGAAACUACACUACAAACCCCAUAUUGGGAUUCAGUGUGAUUCCUCAGGGAGACACCUUUGAUGUCCCCGUUCCUCUGACAGCCCUAGUCCAGGAUGCAGUGCUGCCCCAGGCUGAGGGAUUCUGUGAUGACAAAGCCCUCUACCUGGUGGUGAAACGAGGCAACGUGGACCAGGACUGGCUUCCCUUUGCGGGGGAUGAUCUUUUGACUCGGGAGAAGGCACAGGCACUCGGCUAUACUUUGCUGGACAAUGGGACCCACUUGGCCUUAAGGGUGCCCAGGCAGACUGCCCACGUGCGCUAUGAGGAAAUAGAUUCUUUUGGGAUUUUGGUCACCUUCCAGUUGCAGCUGAAGGACUAUCGUCUUGCUGAAAUGAUAGACUUUGCCGUUUCCUGCAGCUUCUCUACAGAAGACCUCAUUGAUUGCCUGGCUAAUGGCACAAUGAGGAUCUCUGCCUUGAAGCUGGUUGGCACCCCAGAUCUGGUGCCUUCUGGCCUAGUGCUGAGAGACAGGCGCUGCAGGCCAGUUUCGGUGACAGAGGAAGGAGCAACGUUCAUCUUCAACGUAACCUCUUGUGGGACAACUCGCAAGUUUGAAGGUGCCACCAUGUCCUAUGAAAACGAAGUCCUCUAUUUUCUCACAGGCCAAGCAGCACCUAUCUAUCAGUUGAAAUGUGCUUGCCGGUACUUUAUUGGUGAUACCCUGUUGUUCCAGUACAGCCCAAUAGAAGCCCCAUUGCCAAGCAUCCUGCCUGGGCUGGGGGUGCUGGUGCUUGCCCUUAAGCUGGCCAGAGGACAGAACAGAAGUUAAAAAUCUUGUCACUUGCAAGGUUAUGAACGAAUCAGUGUCUUGCAAUAAAUAAAAGGGCAAGAUGAGUCUCUACUGGAAGUCCAGAGAAUUUUUGGACUAAUGGGCUCAGUUUAUCCGGACAGCACUAUACAGAGGGCAAGUAUAAACUAUAUGCUGAAGGGAUUCCGUCAACUGGUUAUCACAGGAACAUAGAACUGAGGCUCUGCCCUUAGAGAAUCUGUGAAGAAGGACGUUGGAGGGGAAAGCAUUGAACCUCGCUUUAAUAAAUGCAAAACGGUGGCUGGCAAUAGAGAGGGAUGAUAAAUAAGCUGGAACAUGCUGUGCGGGAGUAACACCCAUAUGCUGAGGCGGACAUCCCCCCCCCCCGCCCAGCAUAAGAUUACGUUGCAAGUCUGUAUCAUCCAAUCUCUGAUAAAUAUUUUAGCUGUGGCAAGAUCAAAAUUUAAGGAUUCUAGGGGGGAGAUUCCAAAAAGCAAAAGCUUGGCAUGGACCUUGCUGGCCCAGGGACUGGUGAAUUCGUCACGCCAUAAAUAUUGGGCUAGAUAAUAAUUUGGUAAUCUGUUAGUGUUAGCCAGUAAUAGAAAACCCGUUUCCACAGAAGUGUCUCUUGCAAGGGGAUCUUCAGUUCCAGACGUAUAGCCGCAUUGCUCACAUGUGAGGGAUGGUUCAAAAGACAGCGUAAAGAUAGAUUUUGGAGGGUCUCAAGAGGGGCAAAAUUUGCCAAGGCAGCCCAAAGUGGUGCAGCAUAUGCAAGUAUGGCAGCUACUUUUGGGAGCAGCUUUUUGUGUGAUGGUGGAGGAUCUGUUGGAGCAGAUUUCCACUUGAUUUGCUCUAGAUUCAGGCAGUUAAAAAAGCUUGUUCUCUGUCACUGGUAUAAGGUCUUGCCAUAGUUCUCUGUGAUCUCUCAGCCCUGGUCCCAAGGGUUCAUAUCAGUGCUGAAAGCAGAGGUGCUGUUUGCAUUGCACCAGCCUGGCUCUCGCGUGGGAGAACAGAACCUACCAGGGAGAAAUAGCCUAGGCCAGCUGUUCUCAACCUUGAGUCCCAACUCCAUCACCCCUGACUGCUGGCCAGGCUGCCUAGGAAUGAUGGGAGUUAUAGCCCAACAAUAUUUGGGGCUCAAGGUUGAGAAAGGCUGACCUGGACUGCUCAAUGCCAGCCUUGGCUUGUUAAAAGCAACUAAUUCCUUUGGGUUUGUUAAGGUUCUAAUAUGUGCCUUUCUCUCCCCCCCUCCCCACGGCACCCUGACAAGAUAAGUCCUACAGCAGCUUCUACCAAGACAUGGAGCAUCCAGUAACUCGCUACCUUAGAGAACCACUUCACUUCCAGGUUGAGCUUCUCUACAGCCAGGACCCACAACUGGAACUUUUUCUGGAGGACUGCUGG